AUGGAACAGGGUCAAGGGGGAUCAAGUUCAAAGUCUCAAUACAAGGUCGCUGAUAUCUCCCUUGCUGCUUUCGGCCGCAAGGAGAUCGAGAUUGCCGAGCACGAGAUGCCGGGUCUCCUCUACCUGAGGAACAAGUACGGCAAGGAGCAGCCUCUCAAGGGUGCCCGCAUUGCUGGCUGUCUCCACAUGACUAUCCAGACCGCCGUCCUCAUCGAGACCCUCACCGCUCUCGGUGCCCAGGUCACCUGGUCGUCGUGCAACAUCUUCUCCACCCAGGACCACGCCGCCGCUGCCAUCGCUGCCACUGGUGUCCCAGUCUACGCUUGGAAGGGCGAGACCGAGGAGGAGUACGUCUGGUGCAUUGAGCAGUCGCUCGCUUCGUUCCCCGACGGAAAGCAGCUCAACAUGAUCCUCGACGACGGAGGAGACUUGACCACCUUGGUCCACGAGAAGUACCCCCAGUACCUCGCCGACAUCAAGGGUGUCUCUGAGGAGACCACCACCGGUGUCCACCACCUCUACAAGGCCUUCCGCGACGGCAAGUUGAAGAUCCCCGCCAUCAACGUCAACGACUCAGUCACCAAGUCCAAGUUCGACAACUACUACGGGUGCCGCGAGUCCCUCGUCGACGGUAUCAAGCGUGCCACCGACAUCAUGCUUGCCGGCAAGGUCGCCGUUGUCGCCGGUUUCGGUGAUGUCGGAAAGGGUUGCGCCGAGUCUCUCCGCUCGUACGGUGCCCGGGUCCUCGUCACCGAGAUCGACCCCAUCAACGCCCUCCAGGCCGCCAUGGCUGGUUACGAAGUCUGCACGAUGGAGGACGCCGCUCACCGGUCCAACGUCUUUGUUACCACCACCGGUAACCGUGACAUCAUCACCGCCGAGCACUUCAACGUGAUGCCCGAGGACGCCAUCGUCUGCAACAUCGGCCACUUCGAUGUCGAGAUUGACGUUGCGUGGCUCAAGUCCAACGCCGUCAAGGCCGUCAACAUCAAGCCCCAGGUUGACCGAUUCACCAUGGCUUCCGGCCGCCACAUCAUCCUCCUCGCCGAGGGUCGUCUCGUCAACUUGGGCUGUGGUACCGGCCACCCCUCGUUCGUCAUGUCCUGCUCGUUCGCCAACCAGGUCAUGGCCCAGAUCGCUCUCUGGACCGACAACGCCAGCUACCCCCUCGGUGUCCACAUGCUCCCCAAGUCCAUGGACGAGGAGGUCGCCCGUGCCCACUGCCCCCAGCUCAACAUCAAGCUCACCACCAUGUCCGCCAAGCAGGCCGACUACCUUGGUCUCCCAGCCAACGGCCCGUACAAGCCCGACCACUACCGAUACUAA